GGCUUAAGACCCCAAGCAAGCCGAGUCGCUGCUGGCUUGAUACCAUCCCUUCUCUGUCGAUCCCUAUCGUGAAUGCAUUCCGCUUCCAAAUAAUUUCAUUCUGACGUCUUCAUCUUCGAAUUCCUCUUCACGUCGGCUCGUCUCUAGCCAUCGAGCCGCUCUGAUCGCCUCCCCUUCACCUUCGUCCACUCGUGUCCAGCUCUGACCUGCUUCACGAGGCUAAUGUAUGCGGAGGAAGAUCAGCUGGAUUUCGGAGAAGAGGAUGUCGUAGAUGCUGCACCUGCUGCGGAAGAGGAAGCACCAGUCCACCUUUCCAGUUCAAGGCCCAGCAGCAAGACCGGCGAGACCACUUCCUCGUCCCAACCUCGACUUGUGGACAGCGACCCUAACAGCAGUUCAGCAGUGGAUGUAGGGUCGGGCCCUAGCUCUACUGCAAAGCCUUCGACUGCGGCGGAGUCGAAGGGUGAAGACGAGCGUUUUAAAGAGGCUGUCGACGCUCCAGUCGGUAGCCUGUUGUCGAGAAUGUCGGACCGACCUGUAGCUGACGAGCAGCUUGCAAAGAGGAUUGACGAGGCUCAGCCUCCGCUGGGGAGCACGACGGCAUGGGAAAGAUCUGCGGAGGUGGGUAAGCGGCAAGUGAAGGCGUCUCCCGGUAGACGAGAGGAUGUCAGCUUCGCAAAGCAAUCGGAUGCGCAAGGCGCCGAUUCUCCAUCACGACCGAUCGCAUCGAAAAAGAGUCUACCAGAAGGCUGGGAAGCGGUAGCUUCUCGCACCGGGGGUGAUACGUACUUCUUCAACUCGAUCACUGGUGAAUCGCAGUGGGAUGUGCCUCAAGCUCCCGCUACUAAUUCUGCACUUCGAGCGGAGAAAGAAGUGACACAAGACACUGUGGACCUCUCUGAGGCCGAUCGUCGGCUGCACGCAGACUCGUCAAAGAGAGUGACAGCUUCUGUGGCGCCAUCUCCAGAAGACCGUCCUCGCAGAGACGCAAGAGACGCUCCUCAGAUAUUAUCGAUCAAGGGCUCCGCCUCUCGUUCGCGCCAGCUGUCGCCCAACAGCCUUCAACAGCAGCAACGAAAAAGAGGUCUCGAGCAGCUCGACAAGCGAGCACACGAUUCUGCGAGCGAGGCAGGCCUGAGCAUUCGAGGUGCAUCGUCGGCCUCUACCACCCAAAGAUCGGUCGAAGUCCCUUCGGAACUUCCAUUUAACAGUGAGCAUUUGACGUCGAGCCUCUCUACGGAUCGCGAGGGUCUCGAAUCAGUGUGCCGGUCACGCUGGACUGGUCGGAGCGCAGACAGCCGCUUGCUUUGCGCGAGCCACAAUCUGUGCCAAUCACGCUAGGGUUGCACACGUUGUCGCUUUUUGGAGCAACCUGGUGCAUUCCAUUGCGCUCCUUUGUCGAGUAGCGAGAAUCGUGUUCUCGCACACAACGUGCCUCCACCUUCGACCAGGCCGCUUGGGUGCUUUGGCCAACCUGCUCCAGAGAGCGCUCCGCUGCAAUGCUACCUUGCUCCACAGGGCGCCCCGCUGCGAUGCUAGCUUGCUCUUGAGCACGACCCGCUCAGCGACAUUUGAAGAGGACGAAUUUGGCCUCGAGCCAAGAAGCA